UUACAAAGUUUUAUAUUUUUUUAACAAACGUUAAAAUUAAAUGUUUUAAUUUUUUUUAUUAAAAAUGCAAUAAAAAGGAAACAAAACAUUUAAAAAAAAAGUUUAAUAGAAAGUUUAAUAAAAAGGAAAAGUGCAUACACGUUUUAGGGAAGUUAAAAUAUUACAAAUAAUUUUUGAUAUUUUUGACAAGGUAAAUCGACCUAUACACAUUUUACAGAAGCUAAAAUAUUACAAAUAUUUUUAGAAUAAUUUUUAACUGAAACUUCCAUAAUUUUCGUCAAAAUCAGGUUUUCUUAUUCAUAGAAUGCACUUUCUACACUACGUAGAACCAAGACAAAAAUUUCAUAUCAGAUUCUACCUCAUGUAGCGGUUCUAAUAGUGUCUAGAUUUCGCAUUCCAAGAAUUUUAGAAUACCUAAAAAAAAAAUAGAAACUGCAUUCAUAGAAAAAGUAGCUAACUUACAAUUAGUAGAAUUCACAUUUUUCCUAUUUAGAAGUAAUUAAAAGUAAAUUGUUCGUUUUAAAAAAAAAAUAGAUGAACUUGUUUAAUCUGAAAUUCAAUUUCUACUAGCCCAUUUUUCGUAGAAGACAAAAUUUAUUUUUAGUAGAACGUAAUUUAAAAUUUUAAUUUAUAUAAGUUUUUUAACUAAAAAAUAUCAUUUUAAGAAUAUGGGUGUUUUAUCAAUUGUUUCUACUUUUAUUUUUUUAUUUCUCAUUUUUUGUGAAAUACCAUCCACUCCUAUCUUCCAUCCGAUUUCUACACAAUGAUAUACUUCCAAUUAUUCUUGCAUCGUGUACAAUCAGGGUACCAAGUGGAAAAAAUUUAUCCUGAUAAGGAAAAGCCACCAUAAUUUUAUGGUCCCAAUGUUGAUAUGCUCAAAGCUUUCUGCUGGAAAGUGAGGUGUCCUCCAAAGUUAAAGCAUUUAUAUGACAGUUGGUAUCAGGUUGUACAACGGUAACAAAAAAUCUAAGAGCAAGAGGAAUACAAGGAGAUACGUGCUGUGCACGGUGUGGUGAUCCAGAGGAAUCAGUAAACCAUGUAUUUUUUGAAUGUCCCCCAGCUCGUCAAGUCUAGGCACUAUCUAAAAUCCCAUCAAAUCCGAACAUUUUUCUGAUUACCUCUCUUUUUGCUAAUAUGGACCAUCUAUUUUGGAAAGUUAACCUACAGACGGAGGAUCAUCAGUUUGCAUGGAUAUUAUGGUACAUUUAGAAGUGUCGGAACAGUAAAGUAUUUAGUAAUCUUGAUUUUGAUCCCAGAGAAACACUUUGAUUAGUAUAAGUAGAAUCAACAAUCUGGGAUGAGGCACAUAUUAGUAACAACAGGUGUGCACAUGAAGUACAGGUUAUGCUUAACUUAGGAGCCACAAGAAGAUGGUGUGUCACAGAUGGUUCUUAGAAAGAUAACGACCUAUUUUCAACGCAAGGUUGGUUAAGUACAUUACCAGGGGUUGAUGGUUUACUAGGGGCAAGGAAUGUAAGGGCAUGUGUUUCAUCGCUACAUUCGGAGAUGGAUGCAUUAAUUUGGACGAUGGAAUGCAUGAAAAAUUUAAAACAGUUUCAGGUUACGUUUGCAACGAAUUGUUCUCAAUUGGUGAAGAUGGUUUCUGAACAAGAGGAAUGACUAGCAUUUGAAAGUUACCUGGAAGAUAUUAAGCUGUUGAGAUGAAGUUUCGUCAACUCAGAUAUUGUUCAUGUACCUAGGACGGAGAAUACAAGGACAGAUAUUUUGGCACGUAGUGCUCGGCAACAACCGUCUUUCACCGUACACAUGGAUUCAGAGUUAACACAUUGGUUUACAUGGUCUAUAUGAGUCUGUAAUCUUUUUGAUGUAAAAAAAAAAUAUAUUCAUAAAAUUAUUUAUUUCAUUAAGUUUUAGAAAUGAAAAGGGUAAAAUAGACAAAAAUAUUUUAUGCCAAAGAGACAAUUAUACAUUUUUUUGUUUCGUUUUGGUAAACUUUCCAAAAAUCAAUAUUUAAAAUAUGAAAGAAAAAAUAAAGGCAACUUUAAAUCACUUAUGAAUAAAACUAAAACAAAUCCGCGAUUUUUAAGCGCUGUCAAAAUCUAGUAUUUAAUUAAUUGAUAUGAAUAAAUCAAAAACAAAUCUGCGAUUUCUAAGAGCUGUCAAAAAAUUUAGUAUUUAAUUAAUUGAUAUCCACAGUAUUGCAUUGUUACAAAAGUAUUAAAAACAAAUGUACAAAUAUUAAACAUGAAAAGCUUAACUUAGCUAAUGAACAACACAUACAUCAACUAUUUUUUUGUCUUUACUUUCGACAUUUUAGAGUAAUCAUAAUACUAUGAUUAACUCAAGACCGUGAUUUGGCAAAGGUUAUGCAAGUAGUGAAAACAUUAAAUCUAGAAAAAAAUGUGCAUUUAAAUCGGCUGGAGGAGCCUGAAAAAGCCAAUAAAAACCGUGUGUGCGCGCGUGGGAAGGAGGAGCCUGAAAAAGAGAGAGAGAGAGAGAGAGGAGAGAAUUCAAAUUGGCGCUCAAGAUUUUAAAGUUUUAACGUAUCUUCCCCCCAAAAUUUUCGAAUCCAAUUUUCUUAAAUCCCUCCCAAAUCAAUCAAUCAAUCAAACCAUCGACUCUAAAAAAAUGUCAGAUCUGCCGCCGGAAAAAACGAACAUGGAGCUAUCAUCAUCGUCUUCCAUGCCGGGGUCUUCUUCCUCUCUACACCAUUCCUACAGUCGGAAACAGAAAUCUCUGGGCCUUCUUUGUACCAAUUUCUUAGCUCUUUACAAUCGACACGGAAUCGAAACGAUUGGGCUCGAUGACGCCUCCUCAAAAUUAGGAGUUGAGAGACGGAGAAUCUAUGAUAUCGUUAAUGUUCUCGAGAGUGUCGGCGUUUUAACAAGACGAGCUAAGAAUCAGUACACAUGGAAAGGAUUUGCCGCAAUUCCCGCGGCGUUAAAGGAGCUACAAGAAGAAGGUGCUAAAGACACUUUUCACCGUUUUUAUGUCAACGAGAAUGUCAAAGGAUCUGAUGAUGAGGAUGAUGAGGAAGAGUCUUCUUCUCAGCCUCUUUCUACUAGUCAGACUGAUACCUCAAAGCCAUCUCUUCCCGAUUCCUCCAAAAUAGAUAAUCGUCGAGAGAAAUCUUUAGGACUUCUUACUCAGAAUUUCAUCAAGCUCUUUAUUUGCUCUCAAGCUACAAUCAUCUCCCUCGACGAGGCUGCAAAGUUACUGCUGGGAGAUGCCCACAAUACAUCUAUAAUGAGAACCAAAGUGAGGCGGCUUUAUGAUAUUGCAAAUGUCUUGUCAUCCAUGAAUCUCAUUGAAAAGACUCACACCUUAGAUUCUAGAAAACCAGCUUUCAAAUGGUUAGGAUACAAUGGUGAGCCUACUUUCACUCUGAGCAGCGAUUUGAUGAUGCAAGCCGAAUCAAAGAAACGAGUUUUCGGAACUGAUCUUUCAAACGUCAGCGUCAAGAGAAGCAAAACCCAUGACAGUGCUACGGAGAGGAGUCUGAAGAUGAAACACCAUGCAAUAGCGGAGAGUUCUUAUAACAGAAUCUUCGAUGCUCACGAAUCAAGACAUGGAUCAAGAGGUUAUGAGUUUGGUCCUUUUGCACCAGCCACUGGUACAUAUCCAACUGCUCCUCUGGAGGACAGCUCAAAGAGAGCUUUUGAUGUGGAGAAUCUGGUUUCCGAUUACCGUCCCUCGUACCAAAACCAAGUUUUGAAAGACCUCUUUGGACAUUAUAUGGACGCGUGGAAGUCAUGGUACAGCGAAGUCACCCAGAAGAAUCCAUCACAACACCAUUAGAUUUAGAGCUACUCUUCUUCAUCUUCUUUUACCUGUGAACCAUUUUAUUUUGGUCUAUAACUUAAAAUGUUUGUCUACAAAAUUCCCCCUAUUUUAAUUUACUUUAGAAGAAAUUACGUGUCACAUUUUCAUUGGGACACUUGUUAUUUUCUCUUUCAAUUCCAAUAUAAGUAAGUGCUUACAUC